AUGAACGCCUUCCCGCCAGAGCUGCUCCACCAUCACUUUGCGUGUAUGGUGGUUGCAGGUCUUACGCCGCCUGCAAAACCAGCUUCAGCACCAGCCGCCGCGUCAAGUGCGCCGUCCGCGUCAGAUGCUUCGCUGUCGGCGGAUCCAGCAGCGCCGUCGCCCCCUGGACCAGCAACAGCCACUUCGGCGUCCUCGCACGCUCCCGCGGAUCAUCCAACUGCAGCAUUCCCCGAGCUUACCAAGGCACUGCACGAUAUCCUUGCUUCGAGGGCACGUAACACCGUGUGGGACCCUUCGCGCGGGCGGGCGGCGGUAUUCCACACGGUCUUUGCCGACCAUGCGGUGCGGUUGCCACCGCUCAAAACCAAGCCGUCUGCACGCCAUGUGCCACCAAUCGCGUCCAUCACGGCUGGCUCAUCCGGCUCGGCGCCGUCCGAGUCGGCCUCGGCUGCAUUCGCUGCGCUGCCGCCACGCUCGCCGCUCUCGCCGCUGCAUCCCAACUCGCCGCAGUUUCCAGACGGACUGAUCGCGCCCGUCUGGGUGCGCAAACAUCGAGAACUCGUCCCGUCCGUAUUCGUAUCGCUCCACUGCCUUCCGCUCUCUACGGCACCAUCGCCUCCAACGCCCGAAGAGCUCAGGAGCGCCGACGAGGAGCUCAUCAGGCUCAUCUCGGAGCGCAGACGCAGCCUCGCCGAACGCGGCAUCAAGCUCACCAUCGUGCUGCUUACGCACAAGCACAUGCUCGACGAUGCACAGCUCGAGGCGCGCCUCAGCUUCAUCCGGCGCAGCAGCGGGCUCGACUCGCGCGCCAGCCUCUUCGUGCUCACGCCCGUCAGCAGGCCCGAGCUGGGCGAGUUUGUAUCCAGCCUUCACGGCGCACUCUUUGAGCCGGCCGCCGACUACUACCGCGAGCACGCGCGCAGGGUCAAGCGCAAACGCACGCGCUACCCACCUCCGCCUUCGGUGCUGCAGCCGAUCGUCACGGCGCUCGGGACACUCGCUCCCGCGGCGGGUGCGGGCGCAAAGGCGGUCUCGAUGGGCGAUGUGGCGUGGCUUAGCCGCGAGGGGUGGAUCGUGCGCAGCGAGUACAAGCUCGGCGUGUUUGCCGAGUUGGCGGGCGACAUGCACGAGGCGGGGCUGCGAUACCGCGAGGCGUACGAUCUGCUGUGUUGCUCGCCCACGUGCCUGUUGGGGAGUACGCUUAUGCUUCCGCCGCGCACGAAGCGGUGGGCGGAAGCAAAGGUGCUGGCAGAUACGCUGUGCGUGCGCAUAUGCAAGCUCGCACUGUAUGCCGACGACGCCGAGGGCGCAGCGGCGUACUUUCGACGUCAUCUGGCGCGGUUCACCGAUCUGAGCACGGGUUGGGGGAUUGGCGCCAUGACGUUCGAGUACUGGUCGUGGCUGGGGAAGCAGUACCGCAUGUUUGGCGAGCUCGUCGAGCAUGCUACGAGGCAGGUGGCGGGUGCACCACUGCCUGCGUUUCAGCUCCCGGCACAUGCACCGCCGCUGCCGUCGAGGCUGCUGCAUCCCGAUGCGCUGCCUGCAUUCGCAGACGGUAGGGGCGGCGUCAAUCCCCCGCCGGGCAUGCUGCUGCCGAAUCAAAACGCAGUGGCGGUCGCAGUCACCCCGUACGCAACGCUCCAGGGCGCAGGCGCAUACUUCUAUCUCGCGGCGCUGUGUACGCUCGAGCGCCGUGCGCGUUUUGUGCGGGCGGUGGCAAGCGCAGGCGGAGCGGAGGAGGAGGAGACGAGCCCGCUGGCGCACGAGCGAAAGGUCGACCAUACCGCACAGAUCACCGAGACGCUCACCAAGGCGUACGAUGCGUUCAAGCGCGCGCGCCAGCACCGGGCUGCGCUGUUGGUGGCCGCGCGCAUCGCUACCACCUACCACGACGGCGCACAGCACACCAUGGCGCUCAAGUUCCUCGAGCGCAUCCUGCGCAGCUACACCAAGGAUGACGUGCACGACGUGCGCGCCGCGCUCGUCGAGAUCGCCGCAGAUGCCGCUGUAGCUGCGGGUGAUUCAACCGCUGCACUCAAGAUGCUCAUCGAGAUGCUCGACCCAAGACUGCCGAUCGAGCACGAGAGAAAGAAGGCGGAAGUGCAGGCGCUCAAGACGCUCGUGCUGCAGAGCAACGAUGCACAGGACCCCGUCGGCGAUGGAGGCGAUGACGAGCCCGAGGGGAGAGGGAAUGUUGCGGUUGCGCCGGGAAUGUGGAGUGUGGAGGCAGUGCUGCCUGUAGCCGAGGUGGAUGUGGGCACGAGCAUGGCAUUCCAGGUGGUGGUGCGCAAUGUGGCGGCGUUCGAUGUGGCAGAGGUGGUGGGGGUCGACAGCAUCGCCGUGCAUGUGCGCAGCGGCGACGACGCGCGCGAGACCGUGAUUCGUGCCACCUCCAGCGGCGGUUCUGCGCAUGCUGGCGAGCCGAUCGUAGUCGACGUGGGCGCAAUCGAUGCCAGCGUCGACGCGCACGCAGCACAGGCGCCGCUCAAUGCAGCCCUGACUCCCGGCGGCACCAUCGUACUCCAAGGCACGAUCAAGCCGGACGCAUCCGGACCCGUUCGCAUCGACCGCAUCAUCCUCUGUGCGCACACUCUCACCACAUCGCGCCGCGUGCACCUCGAAGCUGAGCUUGCGCUCGAAGAAGUCGGCAAGGUGGGUGGCGGGCUGUGCGAGGGCCGAUGGAUGCUGCCGUCGGGUCGGAGUGUAGUCGUGACGCAGCGCGCCGAUCCACGCGUGGCGCACGUGCGGCCGCAGCGAUUCGACGUGUCUCUCGGCGUGACGAGCACCGAGGUGGGGUAUGUUGACGAGCGGAUCGCGGUGCGCAUUGCGGUGGGCAACAACGAGCGCACCCCGCUGGUGGCGUGGAUCGAUGCGACGUUGCAACCGAGCUACGACGGCGCGCACGAUACGCUUUGGUGCGACAUGCCGCACGCUUCGGCGACUCAGCAGUCGGUCAAGGCGAUCGAGGUGGGCAGCGUGCCAGCUGGCGAGAGCCGCGAGGUGGUAUUGUGGUUGACGCCAGCUCAGGCGGCGGGCGUGCGCACCGUGGAUGUGGCGCUGCGUGUGGCCCGGCAGCCGGUCGAGGGAGAGGUGGAUGCGAUCGAGGUGGCAGCGAGUGCGAGUGGCGUGGUGCCCGUCGUGGCGCUGUUCGACGCAAAGACUUGGACCAGGGGGGCGAAGCGGGGCCAGAAGAAAGGGCUGCUCGAGUGGGAGACCGAGGUGGAGGCGGCAGAAGAACGGUUAGUGGGGUUGGACAUCGAGGUGGUGGGUGGAGCGGUUGAGGUGGUUGCAGUCGAGCUGGAUGGCCAAGCUCAGCCUAGCGAUGCUUUGGGAGAAUGGACUGCGGGGGAUCGAUUCAGCUUUGCGCUGGCCUCCACCGCGGCUGCUGAGUGGCGUGUGCAAUGGCGUCGGUCGGACACACUCAACACGACCUUGUUCCCCGUAGUCCCCGCAGCUGACGAGGAUCUGAAGACGGGGAUUACAGUCACGCUGGUGUAUGCGCAGCGGCAGCGGGUGCAUCGUGCCUUUGAUGUGGAUUUGGUGGUGGACAACCACCACGCUACACGAUCGUAUGCGCUCGCACUCUCGCUCGACACCGACGCGAAUUUCACCGCGGCCGCAACCAGACACCUCACCCUACCGCACAUUCUACCCCACCAAACCGUCACUGUGCAUCUGGCUCGGCUGGUCCCGCAGGCGAUCGGGCGUCUCUCGCUACCAAAUCUGGCAAUCGCUAUUCUGGACCCAGCGAAUCUGCAGGCGACGCUGGCGAGUCGCAACACCAACUCGCACCAAACGGCGAUCGAUGAACCUCGGGACGCCAUCAAUCUGGCCUACUUCACCGACAAGACGAGCUCUACACGCGUCGAUCAGAUGCCCCGCAUCGUCGUCACACUCUAA